CGCAAUUUACAAAACAUGUUGGGCGAUUCGCCUUCGCAAUCACGAGAUUGCCGACUGCCGAAAUCGCGGAGGGUCGGUGAGGGGGCGAUGUAGUCCGGAUUCGGGCGCCACCCCUGCCUCGAGUGCGGCCUUUUUGCAAUCAAGCCUAACCCGUCGCCGACCUUAUUUUGUUGUUUUUUACCUUCUAUGAACUAACACACUUUCAAAAUGCACGGCGAAGGUGACGAGGGUGCCACUCGGCAGGUGAAGGUAGACAACUGGGGUCCAUUUUUCCUACAAAGACUUCAGCACUUUUUUAACAAGAGUGACUUCUGCGACUUGACUCUUCUAUUUGCGAGUGAUGUCAAAGUACAGGUUCACAGUUUAGUCCUCAACUCUUGCACAGACUACUUUCAACAAUUAGAGAAGAAAAAUGGGCUGAACGCUGACAACUGUUUGGUCAUGCCCACGGACCUUACUUCGGAACUAGUUUUGCCUAUUAUCAAAUUUAUGUACACUGGAAAGCUAGAGUUCAAGGAAAACCUCACAAAAAAAUUAUACUACACAGCUGGAAGGCUGAAUAUGCCAAUAUUGACAAAACUUUUAGAUGCCCAGGGUUCUUCUGAAAGUCAUCCAGAAAAAAGUGUCAACAACUCGCAUCCUACAAUAUUAGCAAAGAGCCUCGGAAAUCGGAAAGUUCCUUCAAAGGACCUUCCCGAAACCCUUCCUGGAAGAAGGUUGCCCAUUUGGAAGAAGAGGAAAGCGCCAGUUUCAUUUGAUGAUCCAGUGCCAGAAAAUUUAGCGAUUUCUGAACGAGUCUUUGAGCAAGACGAUGAGCCUCCAAAGCCUACUAGGUUUGAAUGGCCCGAGGAUGAGGAGACUUUAAAGAAUUACUCUGAAGAGUAUUCUCAGCCGUUCGAUUCUAUUACAUAUGAGUCGGCACCUUUGCUGCGGCACAAAGCUGCCACGCCUGCUAAAGGACCUGAGGAGGAGAAGCCCACAGAUACUUUUGAGGAAGUAAAAGCUAAAGUAGCUCCCAUUAAGCGACUAGCACCAUCAGAAGCAGAUUCGGCUUCGAAAAAGCCAAAAAUGAUUGACAUCCAAUCUGUCAAAGAGUAUCUGAAGGAGCAAGCAUUGAGAAAAGAGAUAGUUGGCAACGAGGAAGACGGGGAAGAUGCGGCAGAAGAAUCCAGCAUGGCCAUCACGGACACUGCAGAUGAUGACGACGAUGAAGAAGAUCGGACAGGGGACACUCACGAAGAGUAUUUAGAUAAUCCAGAAGACUCAUCAAACACCGUCACCCCACAGACAAAGUCCAUUCUUAAGCAGAAAGUUCCAGAGGAUAGUUCUCCUGGGGCAAAGAAAGUUAGGUUCUCGCUGGCAAGCCAACCCGACCAGCUUCAAUCUCAGCAGGAGACCAUUGUGCAAACUGGCGAGACAAUCAUUAGGUCGGACGGAGGUUCUAGCGCCGAGAAUCAUGCAAAAAUUAUCUCCGAAGUGCUGAAAAAGUACCCUCACUUGGUGCAAAACAACAAAAACAUCAAGCUACGCAUCAUGAAGCAAGGAGCUUACUCGGAGGACAGCACUGCCAAUAAAAAAGUCUCGUAUGUCGUUCUGAAGGCUGGCGAAAAGGGCAACAAGGCUCCAGCUAAAGUCAUCAUUAAAACAGGAAGCAGCAGGUCAGACAACAUAGGGAAUCUGAUGGUAAAUACACCACCUCCGGUAGUGCCGAAGCCAAAACCGAUUUCGGGUGCUGAAAAUACCACUGGUCCAUGGCUAUGUCACACUUGCGGCUCCAACGAAGAUCCCAUCAACUUUGCCACUUACUUUGAAUACAGGCGUCACCUGCAAGAGGUGCACAUGGAGAAGAUUGACGCUAGGAUUUGCGAGCACUGUGGCUACCGCGCAAGCAAACGCAACCUGCUGUUGUACCACUUGUUCACCAAGCAUGGAGUUCAACCACCACGAAAUGUUGUCUUCCCCAAAUGCGACCAGUGCGAGUAUGUGGCCCUCAGCGAAUCUCUGCUAAUCAAACACCGCAACAACCAUUCGAACAACAAAGAGUUUGUUUGUAAAUUGUGCGGUGCCGGCUUCAAGAGCAACGGAGCUCUCCAGGGUCACAUGCAAGCAAAUCUGCACUCUGACCCCUCCAAGAAAAAGUACGAGUGUCCAUUCUGUCAGAAGGUGUUUGUCCGUCAAAUAAACUUGAAGGCGCAUGUCCGGGCUGCACACAAGGAGGUCGGAAGAAAGUUUGUCGAUGAAAUGGAAGACGAGUCUGCAGAUGGAGAUGCGGCAAAGAAGGCUUUGGAAGAGUCAUUGACCUUUGAGCAGGCCACUGAAGCUGAGACGCUGAACAGCGUUGCCAACGGAAUUGCCUCUCAACUGGGACUUGUUGAACACCAGUUGACAGAGGUCGACCAGCAAGCCAUGGUCCAAACCAUCCCUAACGCGGACGGCACUGUGCAGACGUUCAUCAUCUCCGCAAUGCCUGGACAAGAAUACAUAGUGCCUGAAAUGCUUACCGGCCAGGCUGGCGAGCAGUACCAAAUAUCAGCGAACCAGCUCGCAGAUUUGGUGCAGUACGACACUUCUAACAUGGGUGCUGUCGUCAACUCGCUAGGUGCAACGGGCGGACAGCAGACCAUUGUCAUUACUUCUGCGCCCUCUGGUUCCCAUGAGCAGCUGAAGUUGAUAUCUGCUGACGGGAGCACCAUUACCGGCUCUCUUGACCAACUGGCUCUCCUUGCCGGUCACAACAUUUUGGUGGCAAAUCCAGAUGGCACAACAACCACUGCUGGGGAAGCAGGAUUUCAGGCUAUUCUUCAGUCAAAUGGAGUUUUGACCUUACAACCGGUUGGUCAUGUUAUUCAAACAGAAGGAGAAGCAGUGGGUGAAGAGGGGUUAGUGCAACAAGCGUACGUAACCCAAGAGAAUGCCAUGCUCACCAUGCCUCAGGAAGACGCUUUGAGCAAAGACGGCGCAGAAAAUCUGAUCCGUUUUGCAGAGAUGGACAAGACGUAUGUGACCUAUACAGAGCAGCAGCCUAUGCAGGUGGCCAUUGAAGAAGCUGGUGAAGAGGUCACCCAUGACGAGCAUGUGCAGCAACAUCUUGAGGAGAUGAGCGUCCACCAGUCUGUUCAGUUGCACGAAGCAAUGCCAGUUGAAACCGAUCACCAACAAGAAGUUGAAAAUUUACAACCAGAAACGGAGCAGAUUUCAUUGCCAGAAAAUGAGAACGAUGUAGAGGUCCAAGAGCCUGUUUCGGAGGACAUUCCAAAGGAGGACGAGUCCUUAGAAAUGCCUGUCGAAGAGUUACCGCAAGUGGAAGAGGUAGCGGUAUCUAUUGACCCUGAACCAGAAGUCAUGCAACAAGAAGAAAUUCCUAACGAGGAAAUGAGUGUAGAAAUGACACUUGAGAUGGCAGAGCAACAGAAUAAGCAGAAUUUAUCUGAGCUGAUUGAGGAAAAGGCAAUUGGCAGCAUUGAAGAUGUGGGGGAGCCUACCGUGGACGUAAACGAACCUGAUAAUGAACCAGAAAGUAUGAUUAUCGACGAAAGCAAUCAAUGUGAAGUGGUCGAGCAAGAGACGAGCUCUGCUGACAAUUGCGCCCAAUAACUUGCGUAUUGAAAGCGUCGGGUGUGUAGCAAGUGUAUUCAAAAUUGGUGUGUAUGCCAUACAUCUAUUCCAUUACUUGAUUAGGCAAAACCGAGUGGACGUGAAGUAAUUUUUUAUCACAUCUUCAGCCGAAAUAUAAAAAAAAAAAAAAAAAAAUAGCUAAUAAUUAUUAAGGCCAGGACUAGCCACUGGGAUUGAUUGGUCAUUGGCAAUCCCUUCAGUUGUCUUUGUUGCAACUUUAGUGAAAUAAUAAAGAAAUGUAAAAAGCUUUACAACAAGCUCCUGUUUUUAUGGUUUGUAUCCGUUUUUCUAACUUGUACGGCACAAUGAAAGAUUUAGCUUUACAAAAUUUUAUUUCAAUUUCUAACAUCACGCAUCCAAAUUUUUAUGUUCGCAUUUUCUUCAGAACUGUUGUCAUAAAGUAUAUUAAAGAUUUUCACAAAUAUAAAACAACCCAGUCUAGUAACAUUUGCUGCGUUUUGAAUGAAGCCCUUCAUCCUUAAAAAACUUCCCAACUUUUGUUUUUUUUCCGAUUCAUUUUUUAAUUGGUACCAUUACCACAUUUGCAUUUAAAAAAUCUCUACAAUUUAGAAAGUAUAGCAGUUAAAAAUUAAAACAUAAGUUUUCUCUAGGCACAGGAUUUUUAUGAAAUAAGUAACACAUUUAAUAUUUAGACGUGUCAUGCUUUUUUGCACCACUUGAUAUCAAGUAAUUUACAUUUGAAGUGAGCAAACAAAAAUAAUUUGCCGAACUCAAUUUUCCUUUUCUUAUAGUUUCCUUCAAGGUAUUGCUCCUUGAUAGACACUAUGGAGGAAGUCUUUGUUUGUUCUCAAAGCUUAAAUAAAGUCGUCAAAUUCCUCAACGUCGUAAGCCGAAUAUUCGUCCACAAUUGCCGAUUCACCUUCCACUCGCAACUUUGCCUUUCCCUUUCCUCCUUUCUUCUUUGCCUUGUCGCCCUUUUCAAUUUUCGUCUUUUCCAGAUGUAGGUUGUCAAUGGUGUUUUUCAACUUCUUCAAAUCAUUGGAGGUAACUGGAAGAAAAAUAUCUUCAGUUGUUGCAACAUUAAUGACAAAAUUCCUUACGAUUGGCACAAACGUCUCGAAUUAGUUCUUCAACAAACAGAGGGAAGUGCUGGGAACUUGAGAAGGGAAUAAUUUUUUUAACUAGAGCUUUUCCGAAUUCGUCAAAUUCUUCUUUUGAGCUAGGGAGCAUAGCAUCAAUUCCAGAACCACUGCCUUCGGUAAUGCC